UAAUAAAUAUAGGGUAUGCAAGUAGAGCUCUCGUUAUUGCUUAACGCACUCGCGUCAAACAUAGCAACACGGCCAUCUUUAUUUUAUUUACAUCAUGGCGGACGUUCAAUAACAAGAAAAUCAGACAUGCCGUCAGUGGUUGAAGUAAGUCAGCCAGUAGCUGUGGCAACAGCUCCACAGCCGAUGAAACAAUAUGUGCCGCAAAUGACCCAGUUUUCAAGCAUGGAAAAGACAAAUUAUCAUGGAAUUGAAGUUAUUAAUGAAAUUGUGUGGCAAGGAUGGGAACCUGGUAGAGAAUACACAAAGAACAUUGUGCUUAAAAAUGUGAAUGUUAAGACUCAGAAAAUAAAAUACAAGGUACCCAACACACGUUUUUUUACGACACUGUACCCCAAACCUGUAGUGCUUAGCGCUGGAACCAGCUUUUCUCUGCCUGUUACAUUCAGACCACUGGAAAAAGUGGUUUAUAAUGACAAGAUAGAAUUUCACCUAAAAGAUGGAUCGUUUGAAGUCCCUAUCAGAGCAGUCCUUCCACAGGUCGAUAUCUCAGUUCCUGAAUUCUUGGACUUUAACAUGUGUGCUGCCAAAGAUGUAGUCCAUACUGCAUUUGAAGUCAAGAACACUGGGGACCUUGAAACAAAGAUUGAAUGGGAAGUGAAAGCACCCUUCACCAUAGAACCAAGUGCUGCAAUUCUGAAGUCUGGUGCGGUCAGACAAUUCAGAGCCACAUUCACUCCUAUUACUGCUUGUGUUUUCCAAGGAGAAGCAGUGUGUAGAUAUGGACCAGACCUAGUACAGGGAAAAGUUACAAAAAUGGAAGGAAUAGGAAAAUACCCCCACAUUCUGGUGUCUUCUGCUGGAAAGCCUUCCAACAGUUUGAACUCCAACAAUCAUGAAGCUGAAAUUAAGUUUUCUCCAACACCUGUGGGAACAACCAUACAGAAGUGGGUGGAGCUCCAUAACCUGGCCCCUGUGCGUGCUCCUUACAAGGUGCAACAUCCCUCCAAGAUGAGUCGUAUUGACACUGUGUUUGAUUGUCCACAGAGAGAGGGAGUUGUACCCCCAAUGAGCUACGUCCGGAUUCCAGUUACCUACAGCCCAAACACAGUAGAUACUACAUCCACAGACUAUUUCAAUGUUGUUGCCAUUGGUAACAUCAGCAAAGCUGUCAUCAAAUGUGUCGGAUCCUCGAAAGGCCCAAGUGUACAUCUCGGAGCAAAGAGUGUUAAUUUUAUGCAGAUAGACCUGGGAGCUGUGGGUACGAAGACAGUGGAUAUUGUAAACAACUCAGAAGUGGAAGCCACAUUUCAGUUUAUGUUGGAUUGCAAUGAGAGUGUGUUUAAACUGGAGAAGACCUCUGGAGUGAUCCGACCAAACACAUCCAUGACAGUUGUGAUGAAGUUUGUUCCACAGCACCCCAUCAACUACUACAGGAAACUCACCUGUAUGGUUCAUAACCAGGGACCCUUGUUUUUGGAUCUUCUUGGAACAUGUCACUCAGAGCUUGUUAAGCCAGCAGUGUUGUUGUCAAGGCACUUGGACAAAUACAAAUGUCAUGUGGAGAGGGGUCUGUCUGUCUAUCCACCUGAGCAACUGAAUGAAAGCUUGAAAUCAGGAAAGAUUGAAUUGGAUGAUGCUGGAUGUCUAAUGCUUCCAGAAAAGUCGGAGACCGAUACAGAGAGAACUCUGCCCGUUGUUCCUCCCAUGGAUGAGUACUUCAACGAUGGCUUCCACUGUGAUAUCAAUAAUUCAGUUCCUCAUGUCAGCAUCGAUACAAAUAUUGCAGACUUUGGAAACUGUUCAAACCUCAGAGUCAUAGAGGACAAGAUCAUCAAUGUGACAAAUCACACCUAUGGGAAGGUAACCAUUCAGUGGAAUUGUGGGAACGAUCGGACCUUCUCUGUCAUGCCAAUGACCAUGGACAUCCCUCCCCUCAAGUCUUGUGCUUUCCAAGUCACUUUCAAACCUACUGUUCCUAACCAGUUCUUUGGAGCAGAAUUAGAGUGCUUUGCAUACUACAAGAGUUUGAGGGAUUACCGCCUGGUGGAGGACAACACCCACUGCCCCCCUUGGUGCCUCACUCUCACCUGUGCAGGUCAGACAUUCCAGCCAAACAAUGAGACUUUCCUUCCAAGGGUUUCAUUCGACACUACACGUCUUGUUUUCCCUGCUGUAAAUGCUAAGGAAUCUACCUACAGGACUCUCAUGUUGACCAACAAUGGGACUACCCCCAUCUUGUUUGACAUCCAGAAGGACCCAACAAACACAUACACUGUCAAGCCAGCCAAAGCUUUGCUGAAGGGACAGCAACAGAUCUUUGUGGUGAAGAUCACACCCAGUGAAGUGAAGCACUAUAAACAUGAUCUUACCUUCAAACUCAAUGAUGAUGAAAAAUACAACAAGUGUGUUGAGCUGUGGGGGUCUGCUGAGUCCCCCGAGGUGAUACUGGACACAGAGGGAGUGAUGUACUUCAAGCAGACCUGUAUUGGGACCUCCACCACCAAGCAAUACACCAUAAAAAACGUCUCCAGAAUUCCACUCCGAUUUGAAUGGAAAAUGGUUCACAAGGAUAAACAAAUAUUGUCUGUCAACCCAACUUCAGGCAUUAUUCAGCCAAACGAGUCACAGGCCCACACUUGGUCGUUUGUUCCCACUGCCGAGGAGAAAUAUCUCAUGAAGCCCUGCCUGAUUGUGUGGGGCCAGGGAUUCCACAGCUCCUCCUCAGGGGGCAAGAAGAAACAGUUCUCUGUCAGGGCCAUUGGAGAGGGCUCCAUUGGAGACAUUAAGUGUGACAACACGUACCUUGACUUUGGUGAUGUGGUGGUUGGGAGCUCCACCACUAAGAUGAUCAGUAUCAUCAACAACAGUAGCUGUAGUCUACACUACAGUCUUAUCAUUGACCAGUCCAUGGAUGGCCCCUACCCAGAGGAGAUCACCAAGGACGAUAAACUCGCCUUGAUACUGGAUAGAACUGAGGGAGUUCUGCCUGCCAGAUCUCGACAUAGUAUCCUGGCCACCGUCAAGCCAAUCAGGAGAGUCAACUAUCAGUUUGCCAUCUCCUACAAACUCAUUACUCCUAAUGGACAAGUGGUCGAUUCCAAGGUACAAGAGCCCCAGCACCUGUGUCACGUGCUGACCACCGGGGUGUUCCCAGUGAUGGCAGUCAGUGAUGCCCGCUGUUACGGCAGCGCUGUUGGCAUCAGUAAAAAGCAACUCUGGGCUCUCUUCUCUCUGGACAAUCUGAACCUGUGCUUGGACUCUGAUCCUUCUGCUGAGGAGCUCAGAUACAGUGUGGCCACCAGACACAGCCAUGCUAGAAGACCUCCUGUGUACACCAGAGCCAUUAUGGACUUCAACUUCAGUGCGGCCCCACUAGACAGUGAGCCAUGUGUUGUAAACCUCAUGUUUGAGAACACAGGAACCGUAGCCACAGAAUGGUCCUUCUUGUUCCCAACUGAUCUCCAGUUGGAGUUGGAAUACUGGGCGGAAACUGGAGAGUUUGAUGAGGAUGAACUGCAUGAGAUGAAGGUGAUGGACAACAAGCUGUUCUCCAUCAAUCCCCAGCAGGGCAAACUGGAGCCCGGGGAGUGUAGGACGGUCAGCUUCACCUACAGACACACCAUGGCCGGCACUGAUAGACUGCCCGUCCUCCUGAAACUGGCCAGGGGCAGGGAAAUUCUGUUGAAUUUUAUUGGAGUGACUGUUGAACCAGAGAGGAAGUACAUCCAUUUCCCUUCCAACAAACACAUGUUUACACCUGUUGCUGUUGGUGAAAAAGUCAGUCCCAAGCAGGUGUAUGAGCUGUAUAACGGUGGUGCUACAUCUGUCAAGUUCAACUUUGACCUUGCACCUCUAGAACUCCUUCGUCAGGAGAACUUUGACCAGCCUAUCUUUGAAUGUCUAACACCUGUUGGAGAAAUUCCACCUGGAAGAUCUUUCUCUGUGGAAUGGAGAUUCUCUCCCAUAGAGGCCAAGACAUACAUGAUUGACGUUCCAAUCCACGUCCACAAUGGGGACACAGCUAUAGUGACAUAUACAGGUGUAGGCUUUGACAGGAGGGUGAUGGGAGACACCAUGCCAAUCACUGACCAGCAAGAUCUGACUGGUGUCCCGGGGGUCCAGAGUGUUUCUGUACCUGGACAGUUAAUGUACCUGUCACAAGAAAGAAUUUCUUUUGGAAAUCUGCCACUGUUUAGUCGAUCAAGGAGAAUGGUUUUUGUGACCAACAAAUCAAAGGAUCGAGAUGUCUCGUUUGAAUGGCAUGUCACGUCUCAAGCUGAUGCUCAAUAUCUGUCCAUAUCUCCAGUCCGUGGACGGCUGUCCCCAGGGGAAAGCCGCAUGUGUCGUGUUGUAUUCAUCGCCUGCGGCGUUCCAUCAUUUUAUGAUCUGGAUCUUGUUUGUGAAGCUACUGAUGAGAUGGAGAUGGAUAAAUACAAGAAGGAACUUGCUGCUUGGGAAAAAGAGAAAUUCAGACAGAAAUAUGAGUUCUGCAUCACUGAAAAUGAUCUGGAUGCAGACAAGAGAAUUUCUGAUGAUGUUGAAAUUGUGGAGCGUCCUUCAAGUCGUCUGAGAUCUUUGGAGGAGAAAAAGAUGGAAGUAGAAGGUGAACUCACAAAAUAUAAGACCCUCCCACCAAUAAAACAACUCUCUCCUGAUGAGAGGAAAGCCUUGGAAUCUAGGAAGAAGAAGAAAGAGAAAGAUCUGUGGGAGAAACCCUCUCCUCCUGUGCCCUUCCUGCUACAUCUGGGACUGACCGCCAGAACUCAUGACAUCAGGGAGUUCCAGGCUACCUUCCCAGAGGAAUACAGCAACUAUUUUGUUGACAGGUCACUGAGUGAGAUGGCCAGCAAGGCUAAAAAGCAGGCCCUGGCCCAGAGUACUUCAACCAUUAUACCCUGCAGUACUGGAGAGGCAGAUGUAAUAUCAGGAGUACUUAGCAAUGUUUUGAGAGGUCUACUAGAUGACUCUAAUUUCCAUGAUGCAGUGAAGAAAGUAAUUAACGAUGACAUUCCUUAUUAUGCUCAAAUUGGUGAGAGACCUGCUGUAGCCCCGCCCAUAGAAAUGAGGGCUGGGCCCAGUGGGAAGACAAAAUCGGUUCAGGAGGAGUCACCCAGGGAAGAGAUGAGUCGGGUCUCGUCAGCUACACUUCCCGUGUCUCCUGAGGCCACGCCCCCUUCAUCAGCUGGAAGCAAGAAGAGUCUAAAGAGCGAAAAGAAGAAGUCAAGAAAGACGAAAACACCCCCCAGACACACCAUGGAGGAGAUAGAGAAAGUGAAGAAAGAAGGGGCCAGGAUCAAGGAGAAACAAGAUAUGAAAAAACUAUCCGAGUUUGGCAAUGUUGCAGAAUCAAUAAUUGAGAACACAAUGUUAAAUAUAAUGACAGAGGCACUGUCAGAGGAAUUCAACAUCACUGCACGGCCAAGAUUUAUAGCCCUACCUAAGAGAACUGCUUCAGCCAAGAGCCGACAGUCGUGUCAAAAUAACAAGAAAAACUAAAGAAUUUUAUUGAAUUAUACAGUUAGAUUUUUUAACUGUUUAUGAGGGGAUAAAAUGAUGUGCACUUCUGAUCUAUGACACUUUCCUUAUUCUGAUGUGUUGCUUGAUUUUCCUCUGAAGAAUAAUUGUUUUUGAGUGAAAGAGAAAAGCAUUAACCUAUAUUGUUAUAUAUCUACUAGAGGACAUUAUUGAUUUAUAUUUGUAUAGAUAUGAAUGUAAAUAGAGACACUGUUGUUGGAAAUCAUUAGAAAUAAGCAUUUUCCUGAUGAAUGUGAUAUAUUUUAUAUUGAAGACAAGUUGUAAAAUUGUUGAACAAUUAUGAAUUCUACUCCGUCCGUUUUUUUCUGUUUGUAUGAUAUUUCAAUAAACGUGAUAUCAUAAAUAUC